CACUUAGAAAUGACCAUCUUUGAGCCAAAUCACUUCAUCAACAUACUAGAACAUUAAUUCUGUUUAACAUCUGUUUAAGAAUUAGUGAAAACUCGAUACAGCACGCUUCUAAUUAGUGCCGUACUCGAUUAAUGCCAAUUUCAGAGACGAAUAAACGGUGACGUUAUAUCGAAAUCUGACUGAAAAUGGUGCAAAAAAUUAUCGAGCGUAUGAAAUUAACCACCAUAACGCAUAGUUAUGCAAAUUUCUAGAAGAAUAAAAAAGGAGAAUAUGGGUUAAAACGAAUCAUAGAAUAUAGCUACGAUGUUGGAAACAGGAGCGAAUGUUUCACCAUCAUGGUGUUCUUAAUAAAUAUGGUUCUUUGGACUAUAGUGGCAUCAGCACCCUUGGAUUAUAGUUACCAUAUUACAAGAGACUAUUUCGGUGACGUUUUCACCAUAUCUAAACAUCACUGUGAAGAUUCUGAUUGCCAGCAAGACGGAAGAUUCGCUGCUUCCAUUCCCGGAGAAGGAUGUACGUGCCAAUGUGCACCAACUCACUAUAUAUACAGGGAUGAUUUGGAUGAUUGUGUGGAGUUUAUAACAGAAUGUCCUUUAACUAUGUUCUUAAGGCCCUACAUCGCAGAUAAGCUUCCAGUGGUAUCUUUACCAUUAACUGGACAAUUAGUGUAUCCUGGUGCCCUCUUCCAAUUUCCUGAGAUUGGAAACCUUAGUUCACUUAGCGCGUGCGAAGUUAUGAGCACCGAAUUCAUGACGCCAAGUGGAUGGAAACAUAUCUUUCAAGAAGGCUCUAGCGAACCAGUUUUUGGAGCUUAUCAAGAUGGAAGCAAGACAUUUCUUCAAUGGUUAGGAAGAGAUAGUCAGAGACACCAGCUUCAGCAUCGACUCAUGUUAGUUCGAUUGAGAUGUCAAGAUAAAAACAUUACAUUCGAAUCAUGUUCUGCACUGAAAAUUGGUUGGUCUCCGGGAUUGGAUGUGGCAGUAACAGAACCACAUUGGGUGAGAAGGAACAACUUUAUCAUAAUUGGACUAUGUGUUGGGAUUUUAGGCUUGACUUACAUUUUUGCCAUAUGCAUAUACAUGAAAGUGCGCAGGAGUAAACACAACAGAUGCAAUGAUCGGAUAGCAAUCUGCAACAGACAAUCAGCAUUCAGAGAUCUGAGGAAUCAGAAAGAAAAUUCAAGAAAUUCUCAGUUUGCUGCAAACAUUAGUAGAUCGUCGUGGAACAAUAGGAAGCAAUCAUUGAUAUCGGAGAGGUAUCCAACAUCUACUUACAUUUCUGACGAAGAACCAGACUAUCCAAAUAGUGAUUAUUUGGCAAAACAGAGUUUUGUCUUAAGUGAAGAAUAUUUUGAACCUGAAAUGCUAGCUUCACCACCCCCUCUUGCUGCAGAACUACUUAAUAGAGUUCGACAGACAAUUGCACUCAGUAGUCGCCGUUUAAAGAAUCUCAGGUUCAAACCAACAUUAGUAAUGAUUCCUGAAGAUGAUUAUUUUUAUCCAGAAGAUCACAGAGAAACGAGAAUUUCGUUAGAAAAUGCAAGGCAGCAAACGAUUGUUGAAACUAUUCGUGGGCCAAUUCCAAGAUCGAUUAUAGAACAUAACCAAACACCUCCAUGCCCUCCUCCUCGAAAGUAUCGUUUCAAACAAAAACAGAACACACAACUCGAAGGACAAAAUAACAAGUUUGAUAUGUUUAGACAAGACUUAUAUCAAAAGUUGCUUCAUAUGAAUGACAAAACUGAUAUGGAUAAUAUACUUGAAGGUGAGGAGAAGUUUGAUGAAUCUGAAUCUUUAUGCACUGAAAGUAAAAUAUCCAGACGUUCACUACUCAAGAAAUUAGAGCUAAAGAAUGAUGACUUUUCUUCUUCUAUUCCAGGAGAAAAUGAAAAUAUAGUUAAAGAGCAAAAACUAGAAAGUAUCAGUGAAGAAAAUGUCUGCAAACAACUAUCAAAUUCAAAUGUUGACGUUGAAGCACUUUACAAACAAUGGUCUAAUCAAGUUGCUUUAAAACUUUUAGAGCAAAGAGUACCUAAUAUUGAAUGUGAAGCAGUAGAAAAAGAAACUGGUAUUCUUGGACAAUUUUUAAAAGAAUUUAAGAGUGCAAUUGGACGUAUUGGGCAUUCAAAUUUGCCAAAAUCUGAUUCAUGUCUUGUUGGAGAAAACUGGACUUUGAAGAGGGAAGUUGAGUUAAUGAAUGACAAAAGUUUGGCUCAAUUAUUAAGUCUGAGAAGCCGUUUAUCAGAACCCCCUACCACGAGGAAGGAUUCUUUAACUGACAUUUCUGAUUUACAAGACUCUCACGAUAGUUUGACAUCAACAGAAGAUUUCAAAGGUGAUUCCGAAACUUCUGGAAUAUCUUCCUGUGAAGCUGUACAACCUUCCGAAACCUCUGACUGUAAUGGAAUAGUUAAGAAAAAUGAAAACAAUAUAUCUAUAGAUACGGAUUCUCUAGAAUCUGCAGAAUCUGCUAGUCUCAACAGCUCUAUGGAGGAAUCUAAUGAGGACACUUCAGAAUCAAGUUUAAAUGAAGAAUUUUCACGAAACAGAGCAAUGAGAGGUUUAGAAAUUGUACAAAAAUUGAAAGAAGUAAAAUGGCAACACGUCUGUGAGAAAAAAUAUAGAGUCAGAAAAAUUGAAGAUUUGGAUUUGUCUAAAGUAGUAUUAGAUCAUAAUGACAACGAGAUGAAAAAUGAGGAAAAUAAACAAAUAAGACGGAGUAAAAGACCCCUGAAUGGAACAUGUAAAGACCACAUUAAACAUAGAAAAACAUCUAGAACUGGGGAAUUUUGUCUGGAUCAAAACGAAUUCAGAAGUAAUAGUGAGAUUUCGGGAGAUGGGUACGUUACUCUAAUUGCCGUUUCGCCAUCAAAACCGAACAGUGUUCAAGCGUGAAAAAUUAGCUUUAUAUUUACGAGUAUUUUCAAAACCUCUAACAAUGCUUAUCAUUAAAGCAAUGCGUCUUGCAGCUCCUGAAAGAUAUGAGAUGUAUAUUGUUUUAAUACAAAAGCUUUAUUAGAUUUUUUAACAAAUGCGUUAAAAGAUACUUGAAACAAUAUGUGCUCAAUAUAUAUCAUACAAAAAUUUUAUAAUAAUAAUCUUUCAAAAAGUAAUCAGACACCAAUAUUAAUAAAUACAGCGCACACUCAAUUAUCUGGCACACGCACCAUAUGAUCGCCCAUGCUUUUCCAUUUCCAUGAAAAUGUGUCACAAAUUCUGUUUAUUUGGGUUUCAUUUAUGUACAGUAUUGUAUGUCGGUACGCCGUAUUAUUUGCCAGCUCGCCUUCCAAAGAAUUGGUACUGAAAGGGACGGAUCACAUAAUUUGUUGCCUUAGGCUUACACUCACUUGGUAAUCCGGCUCCUUGGCUAAUCUGGCACCACUGUGCAAGGAAUUGCUUGAUUAGCAAAAGUACAGUGUAUUCAGAUUUAACCAGAGAAUAAAAUAUUGCAUUUUUAAACUCAUUAACAAUAUAAAUUUUAAUUACAGUACAGUACUGCAUUUUUGUAAAUAUCAAUUAACUGUGUUUAGCUUUACAAUCAUAAUAAUUUCAGUUAUGCUAUUUUUUAACUUUUAAAUCUGUCUUCUGGGCACUACAGCGCAUUUUCCCUCAUACCUGUAAUGGGUUUGGCCAGGUGACAAAAGAUGGGCCAGACCAUCCCCCCAAAAAAUUCCUAGGAAGUUGCUUUACCAGAUCCAAAGUCCCUUGGAGCAUUAAGGCCAAUAUCUUAACCGCCCCCUCGCCAUCCGGCUGUCCAUUAGUGUGCAUUUGAUACUUUUAUUUGGAAUCAAUAAACAAUCAACAAUUUAUAAAAUAUUCCAAAUAUCCAAACUAAUUUUUAUCUUUCAUAUCUAAGUACAACUCAGAGAUUUACAAGAUGAUAUCCACACAGUUUGGAUUUGCCAAAUGAUGGACUAAGUAGAUAGAAGUUAUGCAAAUUUUAAAACUUCAUCUAUUUUAAAAUAUAUGACAAUAAAAAUAAAUUCUAUUCUAUAGUAUAGUAUAGUAAUACUAUACGUAUAUAAUAAAAAAUUGCUUUAAAUAUCCUAGAAUGAUGUGAUUUUUUGUGAUAUUUGAAGGGGUGUCUGAAUACUUUUUUGGGAUAACAAUAAUGUAUAUAUGUGCAAAACUGAUCAUUGUAUAACUAUUCUGUC